UUUUAAAGUGUAAAUUCGAUAUUUGUAGUUGUCAAAUCGGUCUAUAAUGGCUGGGAUUAAAGGUUAUUGGUCGUAUGCUUGUCCGUCUAUGCACGCAACAUUUCUCGUUAGAUUUAAACGAAAAUUACAUUUCCUGUACGAGUUCGGCAAGAAAGUCGAAUUAAAAAUGAUACGUCAAAACAUAACCUUACUAUUGUUUUUGUAACUCGAGAUGUUUCUGUAAACGUACUGCCUGUGUUUACGAAAUUUGUUUUCGAUACAGUCUCGCGAAAGAAUUUCAAUUAGCAGACAAUAUGUUUAUAUUUUCACCGAAAGAGCAUCGUUAUAAAUUUGUUUACUAUCGUUUUUAACUAUACUUUUUAAAAUAUUUUAGGUAAAAGAAAUUCCCCACUGUUCUUGCAAAUCAGAGACGAAUAUUGCGAUAAAGAUUUCGUGUAACAUGAUUGUUUAUAAUUUGAAAUUGAAAGUGAUAUAUCUGCUAUUUAUAUAAAUUAUUUUUGUUUUUGUUCCAUGCGUUUAAUGGGCUCCUUUAACGAACAGCUAAUUUUGGCAUUCGCUGGGUCUGUCGGUAUGACGUUUGUCAUACUCAGCUGCGCGUUACCUGCAUACAAAGUUUGGUGGCCAUUUUUUGUUGUGUUAUUCUAUAUAUUGGCACCGCUUCCGACCAUAAUCGCACGUCGCUACACAGAUGAUGUAGGAAAUACUGCCAAUCCGUGUUUGGAAUUGGCUAUAUUUAUAACUAUGGGGUUCGUUGUGUCAUCUUUUGCUCUUCCUAUUGUAUUAGCACGAUCUCCAGCUCACGACCCAGUGAUACAAUGGGGCGCUUGUUACUUGACUUUAGCAGGUAACGUUGUGGUAUACCUAACUCUAAUUGGACUGUUUGUAACCUUCGAUAUAGACGAUAUCGAUUACAAUACAUGGUGAAAUGUACUUGGUCAUACUUAUUUAUUAAUAUUACAUGGUUUUUUUACAAGAGAAAAGGAAGGAUGUAAAUCGUACACAGCAGUGACUGACAGUUAUCCGUUAAUUCUAAGUCAUCGCAGAAUUUAUAGUAUACUAUUUAUACGAUAUAAAUAUUAUUAUAAACUGUCUAUAUUAUAGUCAAUACUAAUGCUAUCGCUCGGCGAUUAAAGGUUCCAUUUUUAA